GAAGUAGUUUAUCUUACAGAAUGUGUGUAUUUCCACCAGGUGACCAUCAGGAGACUUAUAACCUACGGCCAGAAAACCAGGAAGUUUUAACGGUCUGUGUAUAUUGACAGAAUGGAAAGUUCAGCAUUUCAAUUGAGAGUCUACCUCAUUGUCAUGACAAUAAUAGAAAUAAGCGCGUCGAGCUGUUCGUCGAAUAAACAAUGUGUAUGUUUUAGAGUAAAUGGACAAUUAUGGGCCAAAUGUGAAAAUCUAGACCUCAGAACUGCGCCAUCAUUUCAGAGUGACGUCAUAGGAGUAAGUCUCGCUAACAAUGAACUUUCUACUUUUCCCGCCAGCCUUCCUGUUAACAUUGUUUACUUGGAUAUAUCGGGGAAUCAGCUUAAAGACAUCGAUCAACAAUCAUUAACAAAAUAUAAAUAUCUGAGGAAUUUAAGCAUUUCGGAAAAUUCACUUCUGUCGAUUGAACUAGGUUCCUUCAAAGACUCUUCAAAUUUAGUGCAUCUUGAUAUUUCCGGUAAUCAGGAACUGACUUUGGAGGUUGUGGCCAACAUUUCGAGUGAUUUAAGAAAUUCUACAUCCAUUCGAGUUUUGAAUUUUGAGAAAUUGCAGUGCACAUAUGGAGUUAGUUACAUAGUUAAAAAAUAUCACACUGCAUAUCUUAAACAUACACAUUUAGAGGAGCUAAACUUGGCAUCUAAUCGAAUCAACAGUCUCGAGCUUGGCGUUCUGUCUGAGCUACCCAAGUCGCUGAAGCUUAUAAAUCUGGCCAAUAAUGUACUCAGUUUUGGAUUAUAUAUUGCAGAGUUCGGUGAUAUGAACAACUUGGUGACGAUGAAUGUAAGUUUCCAAUCCUCGUUUCAUCAAGUACAAGUAAAAGAUUUUUUCAUAGGCUGCAAUGAUACCAGGCCAGUUUGUACCACUUUGUCAGAGAACCAGAAUGGGAAUUUGGUUUCAUACAAUAGACGGUAUUCAUCUUUAAUGAGACCUAAAAACAUAACUAUCUACAUGCCACCUAAGUUAAAAACUUUUUAUUUUCAUGACAAUUUGUAUAAAAUGACUCUUCAAGACUUCGCCUUUACUUCUGUUACAAAAUCUGCAUUGUCAAAAGUAUACUUGCAGAACAAUAUCAUCUAUCAAAUGAAUGGCCCCAUCACAGGCAUACAAAGUGUGGUUUAUGCGGACCUUUCCAACAAUUUUUGUAGCUAUAUCUCACCAAGAUUUUUCGAAGAUUUCAGAAACUUGUCUUACCUUGAUCUUUCCCAUAAUGCUCUUGGUGAAAAUUUGGAAAACGACAUUAACGGUGAAAUAUUUCAAAAUCUUCGUAACUUGAACUCGUUAAACCUUACCCGAAACAGAAUCGUACGACUUCCUACCAAAAUAUUUCGGAAUUUGAAACAACUAGAAAUUCUUAAUCUGAGUUAUAAUUCUCUGAGCGAGUUUACAGUACCUAUCAGUCAUAUGACUCGUUUGACUCACCUAGACCUAUCCAAUAACCAGAUAUCCACCAUGGAUAAGGAAACUAGAGACAUAUUAGACGUAGUAGCACAGGAAAAUCGUCUCUAUGUGAAUUUAAAGAGCAACAAAUUAAGAUGCACCUGUGAAAAUCUAGAAUUCAUGAAAUGGGUGACCAUAUCAAAGAAUAUUGUUUUUCUUAACAUUGAUGAUUAUUUGUGUACUUUUUCAAAUUCCUCAGUAAUUCAAUUCUCUAAUGUUGAAUUACUUCAACUGAUGGAGAAACAGUGUUCAUCGUAUACUCUGGUCAUCGUCAUUAUGACGUCAUUGAUAAUCGUCCUCUUAACGAUUACCAUUAGUCGUAUUCUUUAUAGAUAUCGAUGGAAACUUAGAUAUAUGUAUUACGUGGCGAGGGAAAAAUAUAAACAUAAUGUUCCAAGACCAGAUGCAUUGGAAGAUCAGUAUUAUUUUGAUGCAUUCGUCUCUUAUGCGGACAAAGACAGAAUUUUCGUUAUUGAACUCGUCAAACGUUUGGAAAAAGAAUUCAACUUGCGGUUAUGUAUACAUCAUCGUGAUUUUAUCCCAGGAACAGGAAUAGCAGAUAAUAUCACGAACGCUAUUCAUCACAGCAGAAAAACAGUCUGUGUCAUCACUUCACAUUUUUUACAGUCGUACUGGUGCAUGUUUGAGCUUAACAUGGCACGCAUGGAAGCCAUUUAUUCAAGAAAUGGAGAAAACGUUUUGUUUCUGGUGGCAUUAGAGAAAGCCGCCAUGAAGAAAUUACCAUUUUCAUUCAUGGAUUUGAUUGACUCAAAAUCUUAUAUAGAAUUUCCAGAGGGCGGAGAUAAAGAUGAAGUAACAGCCUUUCGAUCCAAACUUGGAGAUACUUUCAAAUUUCAUGACAAUGAAUUUCGAUCAGCAGAUAUAAUGGUUGAUGGAUAAGAUUGUUGAAAUUCUAAUUUAUCAUUAUUAAAGAAGGGAAGUUUUGGCUUAUGGGUAUGUUAUUGCAAAAAGUCUGAGUGAUCAUUAUUCAAGGAAUAUACGCUUUGUUUGUAUCAUUUACAAUGAUAAAUAAAGAAAAGUCACGGCUAAA